GUCGUCGUCGUCGUCGUCGUCGUUCGCUCUCGUUCCACGUCACCGUCGCCGUCGCGGUGCUCGUUGUCGUGGUUACGCCUCGUGUAUAUCCGUCCGUCGUGUAUAUCCGAGACCCACCGGCAGUUCGCGUGGAUCGCGUCGUCGACGUCAGAGGGUUGGCGACCACCGAGCAGGGUUGGGCCACGGAACCUGCGGGAAAGCCUACAACAUAGCGCGCAACACAACCGGCAACUUCGGUAACAACCGAGUCCUGCGCGCGCGCGCGUGUGUGUGCGCGUGUGUGUGUGUGUGUGUGUGUGUGUGUAGGGGUGGAUUUCCGGGGUCGCGGUGAGAAGAGGGCUUUAGAGGGAGCUAUCGACCACACACGUAAGGCGGCGGCGGCAGCGCUCGCACACACCGGCGCACACGGAUACACAACAUCGCGGACCUGUUGUCCAACUUGUUGCUCGUCCCUGCGAAGGCACACCCGCCCAUCUCCGGAGUCGAAGGUGAGGAGACGAGUUUUGGAAAAAAGAAAGGAGCGAGAUCCUGGAGGACCUCCGGAAACGGCGGACGCGGGCCAGAGAGGAUCGAAGGGAAACGACGAGCAACUUUGGAUCAGUUUAAUACAAGUGUUUCUUCUCACUCGGAAUCUAUAUAUUGGAUCGUAUCUUUUGACGUAAGAAGACGCGUCGAGGGAGCUGGAAGAGACUCUUUCUUCAUCCUCGGGAAACGACGCGCGCUGAGUAAUUCAGAGGACCAACUCCUAUUCGCGUAUAUCGAAUGGGAAACUCAAAGUCCGUUUAUCGAACCUACGUAAAGGGAGCAACGCAGAGCCAACCCGGAACCAAUUGGCCGAGAAGAGCUCUCUCGAGACUUUGAUCAACGGAAUAAACGAAGAUUCGCCUUUUAAUCGCGUCGCAUUUUUCCUCGAAAGUCAAUACGAGGAGAAACGGGCCUCCUUCGUCGUCAGGAUGUCAACGUUCGCGUGCAAGCACGCGCGUCCCAGGGCAGCGACGUCAUCGGGAAUCGGCGAGACGACGAGAUAUCACCUGGAGCAGAAACCGGGCGAGUGAAACUCGAUUGUGAAGUUUGAUUCCCCUGGAGCGACGGAAACCCUCGGCGCACGACCGUUUCCGGCGACGCAUGCACUGCCGGAGGAAACGUGGGGUAACCAAGGGAGAGAGAAGGAGAGAUAUGGAUAGAACGAGCGUGUAGACACAUGAGGUCGUAGAUAGAAAUAGAGGGAGAGAGAGAGAGAGAGAGAGAGAAGGUGAUAAAGAAAGAGAGAAUGUAAAUCGUCCACCCGUGAAUAUAUACAACGAAAGCAAUACUACAAACAAGGUAAUCUCGAGGAACAAAGCAAAGGCAAGCCGCACACACCCGCUUCUCGCCACUUAUAUAAUCUCGCACCCCCAGUCGACUGAGAGAGAAACCGCAACAUCGCGCAUUUCAUCCCUUCUUUCCCCGGGACUCGAUCGGGAGCUCCUCUCAGCUUUGCUUCACUUGAGAGAUAUUUUAAUAUGAAUGUAUAUACACGCGUAUAAGAGACACCGUGAUCGUACGUACGCUCGCACACAUUCAUCCUUAUAUGAUUAUAUACAAAAACAUUAAUAUAAAUAUAAAUAUAAAUAUAAAUAUAUAUAUAUAUACAUUUACACAGGAGUCCUAUUGAAAAUAAUCGUGCAACGACGUCUAGGAUUAAAUAACGAUAUAUCGCCUGGUGAAUUAUUGAAGGAGGUCGCGCUUCUCGCUACAGGAAUUUCAAGAGUGUAAAAGGAACAAUCCGAUCAUGUCGCGUCUCGGGAUAUCCGAGAGGAAGCGCAUCGAUGGGACGGACAUUUGGAGCAUCGAUUGAGGGAUCGAUCGACGUCCAAACGUGGUGGAAGAUUGACGAAAGGAGGAAAAGCAGUGCGAUCUCUGGUGCGAGCGGGAGAACGCGAUACUUUGACGUUUGACACUUUGCAAAUCGCGUCAUCGGGAACGUAUAUAUACAUACAUUAUAUAUACUCGCAAUAAGGUAUACUCGAAGGACGAAGAAGAAACGACGAGGGAUACUCUAGAGAGAGAGAGAGAGAGGGUUGUUUGCUUAACGCGAUUGUUUGGUGAUCUUAGAACGAUACGCCGCGAUAUUAAUCCCGGUGAGAAGCGCGCGACGAUCAGAGAGGCCAAGAUGCCGCGUUGCUACAUGGUGAAGAAGGCCUUGUGCAACAAGUACAUAAGCAGCGUUGCCAGAGGAUUCGAGAGCUGGGGUCGCGGAAGGAGCACGCCAUCGCCAACCACCAUGCAGCUCCUCGUCUCACCCACCGAGGGGCACGUUGCACCCCCUGUUGCACAAGAGUGUCCCGACACGCAACCGAUGACUUCCGCCGUGCCCGAGGCUAAGUCCUUGAAGGAGGAAGUUUCGAGCGACGCGGGUAGUGCGUCCACGACGACAACGAUAGUAGCUUCGUCGUUAUUGUCAUCAUCAUCAUCAUCAUUAUCAUCAUCAUCGUCGUCGUCGUCGUCAGUCUCGGUCAUCUCCACGGACGCGAUAUCAACGACCGAGUGCUCGAUGACGAUGCGGAUGGAGACGACCACCGUCAUCACCGUGACGCCUUGCACCACGACGACGUCCCCGACGGUUCCGUCGCCGACGGCAUCGAUCGUCUCCGCCGUCGAGAAAACGACCGCGACGACGGCGCUGACGACGACGACGACGACGACGACGACGGCGACGACGACGAUGCCGGUCGUUCCAUCCUUACCUCCGCCGACCGUGGUGCGGCCGAACCCGGCACCUCGGUACGACCUGUACCUUCCAACGUCCACCGGGGACUCGUCGACGACGGCCUGCCACCUGGACGACGCUCCGGAGCACUCGAGGGCGACCAACGACUUCAGGAUACGACUCGCCCCGGCGUCCUGCGGAGUGCUUACACCCAGCAACGUCGUCUCGUCCAUGUUCAAGGAUCGCUCCGCGGCGGAGACGGAGGCGGCGCACGACCUCCUGGAGUUGUCGCGAUCCUUGCCGCCAUUGCCGCCGCCCAGUGUCGCGAUCGGUCCUCAGAGCGUGAUCGAGGCACCAGCGAGCGACGUCCAGGAGAUGACAGUCUACCAACCGGAGCAGUCGAUUUAUCAGGUGAACACGAUCGACCUGGCUGGCUCGACUCUCUACGGCCAACAUCAUCAUCAUCAUCAUCAUCAUCAUCAUCAGCAACAAACGCAGCAACAACCCGCUCCGGCCGCAGGCAUCAUCUAUGAACCCACUGCGACUAUCGUGCCACCCUCGGGCAGCGUCUUUAUACCUCUGUCGCCGGUCCAGGAGAUUCUGCUCACGUACAGCACGUCUACCAUACCGUGCACGUCAAUCGUCGCUCAGCAAUCGCAGCAUCAGCCGCCUCCGCCUCUGCUGCAGCAGCAACAGCAGCAGCAACCACAAUCGCAGCAGCAGCCGUUGCCACAGCAACAGAUAGAGGCGACGCCGCCCUUGACGCCACCGACCUCCGAGUGCAGCAGCGACAUCGAGAACAGCAACCCCAACUCGCAGCCGACGCAGAGGGACAAGGAGGUGCAGACCAUCACCGAGCAGGCGGAAGGGGUGAAGCCGGCUAGUUACACGUACGACACGUUGCUCGUCUCGGAUGGCAGGUCGAAGAACAAGAAGGCGCCUCCCGCGCAGAAGAACCAGGAGACCGAACCGAUCGAGACGCCCGAGACCUCCAAGACCGGUCGUUAUAUGUGCUGCGAGUGCGGCAAGCAAUACGCGACCUCGUCGAAUCUGUCGCGGCACAAGCAGACGCAUCGCAGCAUCGACUCGCAAUCGGCCAAGAAGUGCAUCCACUGCGGCAAGGCUUACGUCAGUAUGCCCGCCCUGGCGAUGCACGUGCUCACGCACAAGCUCACGCACAGCUGCGGCGUAUGCGGCAAGAUGUUCUCGCGACCCUGGCUGCUGCAGGGUCAUCUGCGAAGUCACACCGGGGAGAAGCCGUACGGGUGCGCCCACUGCGGCAAGGCGUUCGCCGAUCGCUCGAAUCUACGGGCGCACAUGCAGACCCACUCGUCUGAUAAGAACUACGAGUGCCCCAAGUGUCACAAGUCGUUCGCGCUCAAGUCUUACUUGAAUAAACACCUGGAAUCGGCGUGUCAACGCGAGAACGAGAGCGAAGGCAGCUGUGACGUCGACGCGCCGUCAUAAGACUGGGAUGUCGAGGACGCGACGAUCAGGACGUAGAAUGGACUAAUGACUUGCUGUCAACUGUCAAGAAGAGCUCCGCUCUUUUGUGCAUCAUAGAAGACGAUCAGACGUCGAAUCUCCGGUAACAUCCAAUUUCAACGGAUAUCUCUCGGUAAGCGCAAAGUAAUUCGAUUUACUCGUCGGCUUUAAACGUCGCGGAUGGGCGAAAAUCUCGGCGGCUGCUACUGGGAACGAGGACGAGAGGGUAAUUGACAUAUCGGCGUCCCUGGAUCUCGCGCUCGUCUCCUCCACUUCGCGGAGAGGAAAAGAAGUCUCUCUCUGAAUAUUUCACCAAGCGCUUCUCUUCUCGCGUGUUUCAGCGCCCGGUUCUAUUUUCGAGAUCGUUUUCCCGAUUCUCUCUCUCUCUCUUCCCUCGACGCCGGAAGAGGAGGAUAUAUAUAUAUUUGCGCGGAUAUUUCCAAAUUCCACCCUUUUUUCGCUAACGAGAAUCGAUGAAGUCGCUCAUUAAUUUUUCAUUCGUUGCCAACUACAUUUUCCACCUACGAUAAACUUCAAUUUCUUCAAAAUCUCUGUGCGUUGAUUUCUCCAAAGAAUUUUUUCCUGAAUGAAGUACUAACGUAUUAAAAAAAAAAAUAAAAAUAAAUGAAAUAAAGAUGAAAUCUCGCCGACCAUUGAGAUCUCGUUUUUCGAGAUACGGAGAGAAACUUCUUUUCCAUCAGUGCGAGAAGAUCUAUAUUUUGAUUCGCCAAGUUAUUUUUAGGCGAGUCUGCAGUCUUGUGAGGAUGCCUCGACAUAAAAAGAUAUUUCAAUAUUUCAUAAACGAUAUCAAUAUGUUUGGGCGUCCUCUCUUGCGAAGAUCGAUACGAUAGCAUCGCAGAUACACCAUCUCAUUUCGUGAAUUCGCAAGAACGACGAAUCGAGAUGCUCUCGUCGGAAUGAGCAGCGAUAAAGUCGAAAAUAGUGCAAUAAGUUUCUUAUGUAGUUUAAAGAAGCGCUUUUUUCAUCCAUCUUUGCUCGACGAUGAAGAUUCAUCGGUUGCUCUUUUUUGCUCCUUUCUCUUCCGAAACGAGAAAACUUUUAAUCUUCUCAAACGAAAAAUAUCUCUAUUUUAAUCUUAUUUUUUAAAAGAACGAUCUCAAAAGAUCCAAUUAAAAUUAGGUUCUUUCAAUCUGGCCAUGCGAAGGGGAUUAUCGAAAAUUGAAUGAUCGUUAUAAGGUAAUUUUUUCUAUUCUUUUUUUCGUAUAAAAGUAUCGUUGUAUAUAACGAUGCCACCUAAUGGAAGAUCGUUUGCGCAUUUAAUGAUGCACUCUUGCGCGAUUUUUGCCGGGAUCCUUAACGUAACGCACGCGCGGGUGCUCGUGGAAAGUUUUCAUCAACAUUUCACGUAAACUGGACCACCUGUUGAAUGCAGAAAUGACCAUUCGGUGGCAAAAGGGUCGGUCGUACUGCUACCCUGAAUUAUGGAACACAUCAUUUCCUCGGUUGUUAAAAGCGCGAGCAAUUGUAACGUUUCGUUUAAGUUUAUCGAUAUUUUUUUGCACAUCCGGGCGAGAAAAAGAUACAUCCCGGAUUUCCCUUCAAUCUAUCGGCGAUGUCAUUCAGAUAUUUCAAGUGAUUUUUAUAGGAUAUUGAAAUUACCCUUCUUUUAAAUUUUUAAUGCUCCACGUGACAAAGCGCGAUGAGAUUACUUUUUUAAGCGUUCUUUUCCUAUCACACAUAUUCCCAGAGAGUUCCUAUAAAAUAUGAUAUAUUAUCAAUUUUUUUAUUUUUUUUUUUUACAUAUC